UUCCCCAGCGAAGUAUGUACAGAAUACAACGAACUGAAAAAAAUCUUUGCAUCAAAUACAGAGCCUUCUCAAGUCACAGAAUUAAAGAAUUUAAUGGAAAAAGAAAAUUUAGUCGAAAGUGCUUGGAUGGCUGGGGCAGGCGGUGGAGGGUUUUUGUAUAUUUGGCUUAAACAAACAGAAAAUAAUGUUUUGGAUAAAUUAGAAAAUUUAUUAAAAAGUGAUGGAUGUUGGAAGGAAAUGAAUAUUUGGAGGGUUGAAUUAGAGGAUAAACAACCUUUAAUUGUUAAAUAA